UCGGCGGCGAGUGCGCCAGUUGAUAAACAGAAGAGAAAAAGACCUCUCACGAGACACAACGUUAUGUUCCCACAACCUAGCCGAGCCACCUAUGUUAUACUCCUAGCUACUUUCGUCCAGAUAAUGAUCGGAUCAAGCUUUUGGUGCUUACUUUUUGUUUAAGCUCUCCUUUUAUCUUCUUUUUUCCAGAGGAACACAACUUACUUAUUUGCGGUGCGUUUCAGUGUCUCUAGCGCUUAGGUUACUGCUUCCUCAUUUGCGGAUGUACCUGUAUCACUUCCUUGGUUGUGAGGAUACCUUACGCCUACAUGAUAGUGGCACUGCCUUGUCUUGCAGCCGCUAAUGACUCUCUCGAUGACGAUGCAAAUGCUGAGUGGUACAAGAACAUGAUGAGGCAUGAGCAGGGUGGCGAACUAUUGGACGGGCCGACAGGCGGAUCUACGUCCACUUCGGGUAAUAUUCAUGAUCCUAGCGAUCCAUCUAUCAAUCUUCCAGCAGGAGCUUCAGCCAGAAGUGCAGUGAAUUCAUCUGGGUCGGGCAGCAGUACUGCAACCGGACAAGGCGUGACCCCAGCUCAAGAUGCUGAUUCGCUAGAUUCGUCGGUGGCCAGUAGGUCACCCCUCAUCCUCGCAACGCCUCGAACCGAAGAUGCUUACUCAGAGAAAGAAGAUGAGGGCGAAGAUGAUGGAGCUGAAGAUGUUGGAGACAAAAACAAGAGAACUAGUACAGCAGGAGUUGUAGAGAAAGGAGCUGCAUCAGCGGGGCAGGAUCACAGGACGGACGCUGCAGCAGCAUGGGACGUAGGCCUUUCAUCCUUGGAUCAUGGUGCGAAACCUCGUAGCGGCAGUAUGGGAGAUAUUGCCAACAUUCCACCAGGAGGAAGCGCUACUUCUUCGUCUUCUUCUGGCGCACACCAGCAUCUAGAUUUGAACAUCACAGAGAGAAACGAGACACGGCGUGGAUCAGUAGGGUCGUCUGCUGCCAGGCCACCACCGGGGGAAAGCCCUUAUUCCCAAAACUUCGGAGCGACGAGGCUGAAAGUAACACCGGUUAGAGUUAUUGAUGACUUUUCAGAUCACGCCUGCAUGUUACUUGGUCCGGAAGCGCAAGAUGAAGACGAUAAUGACGAAGAAGAAAUCCCUGAUGUGAUUGCUUGCGAUGAUGCAUUAGAUUAUGGCAAAUCCAAAAAAAAAUGAGUGAGGUGACUAGAGAGAUUUGCUCCAACUUCUAGGCUUAUCCCGCUGAGUUUGGUAAGCCUUGUUUGUUUGGUGAGGUAUUUUUCAAUCUACGCUUAUUGUUCCGUGCAACAAUAAUUCUUUAGAUUUAAAAAUUAUCAAGACCGGGAUGUACAAGAAAACUGUUAUUGUAGCCCCUAAUCGGAUCCAGCAAACGAGCGGUCAGGAUCACGUCGACAGCGUUCCUCGUCGUCGCUCUUCAGCAAUAAGCAGACUCCACCUCCGCAUCGGAACUCGCACAAUCUCAUCACAGAAAGAGUGCCUUACUUGGAAUGCAAGGAUUUGCCGACACCAGGAAGCGCACCAUCGCAGCCACAGUUAUGAGCUUGUUUGGAAUUAGAUUUUGUGCUAGAAGGAGUUGGUAGACCUGAGGAAAAUUCUCUCAAGUGUACGUGGAGCAGGCAGAAUUUUGCCAGAGGCAUCAUUCUUCCUCUUUUUGCUACAUGACUUGUGAUAAUGUCUUUGAGCCAGGGGUCCUCCAAUCUCCACUCCACUCCUCGUUAGUUUCGGCUUACACAGUGUAAGUAACUAUCCCGUCUAAUCCCCACCCUCGCAGUCUUAGCAACGGUUCCCGCACCUCCGGGACCGGGUAUGCCCUUGCCGAGUCGUAGAAGUUACACCGCAGCAGACCCCUCAGUCUCCCACACGAUGUCCAGGACUGAGGUAAAGGCAAAGCGCAGAGAGCGUAGUGCAGAAGUUGGAGAAAAUUUGCGGAAAAGUGUGCAUGCAAGUGUUAAGGCGAUUGGUAUUGUAAGUACACGGUUUUCUCUCGAUAGUGAUCAAGAAGGACCAUUUGAGGAGAUGCACACAUGACAUGACAUCCUCAAAAUCGUAACCCACGACGUCGACUGGGCACAUUCAUUCAUAUGUAUCGCACAUUAUAUAAUUGGAUACCACAGCUGACUAAAAAGAGACAACUCGAUAGAACACGAAGGUACCCCAUCUAACUUAGGAGGCAGCAGUGGAGGUGGAGCAUCGGGUGUGUCGAGCCGCAGGGAAAGUGCGUAUAAUUGCGGUGAAGGAGGACGAGGAGGCGGUGGUAGUAGAGACGAUGCACAGACGUCGCAGGAUGGCGGGUUUUAUGGAGAAUUUUUACCGUACAAAACGGCUACUUGCAAUCUUCCUGCUGCCGCCGAUUGCGUUCAUAUCAAUAGGUUCACUUCUGCAUAUGAGCACAUCCUCUACCUCUACAUUUUCUAAUCAAAGGGGACCACCGCAGCCAUCGGCAGUCCACCAGAAAUAGGUCUAGGCCUACCGCCAGCACAGCAGCAGUUGUCUUUAGUGGAGCAAUGUUCGCGUUCCGUGUUUACGCCCAAGGAUGGCAAAGAGGUGGUUGCUCGAUCCUUGGACCGAGCGGACGGGGCGAAGAGUAGCACAGAGAGCAACUACAAGGGGCAUUCCCCUCUCGCUCCGAAAGCUCUCGUUCUGGCGCGGCAGGAGUCCGGUGCCUCCGUUGCUUCCAGUGGUCCCUGUUCCACUGGUACGGCGGCUGCUUCGAACAAGCUGUUCGCAGUCCCGGAAGAGAGAGACCUCGUUAAGGCUCAAGAUAUUUCAUCUUCACAGCUGAUUUGGCUCAGUUUCGUUCUUGGAUUCUGGGACUCUGAGCCCAAAAUUCGGCUGUUGAGGAGCGCUAACUUUGGCGACUACCAUAAACCAGAAAGGCUCAACGAUAAUGGGUCGAUGUUUGGCCCAUUUGGAGGAAGUGAGCAAGAGGAAUCCACGACAACGUCGUCGGAGUACAAUCAGAGAACUGGAGUACAAUCAGAGGUUGGGUAUACCACAGGCUACGCUGGUUUGCCCUUAAUAGGUGGCUAUGAAGGAGAUCCUUUUACAAGUUCCGGACCAGCGGAAAGUAGCGUAGUAGAGCCAGCUGCGACGAUGAAGGAAAACAAGCAGCGCCAAGAUGAAGCGCAGGCGGAACAGCAAGAUCCUACAACAUCAGAACUUCCACCACAGCAAAAUACAGAAGAUGUUCUACCACAAGCUAUCUCACCUCCAGUCCAACUGCAAUCGGAACCAAAACACGAGCCGAAGAAGACUAUCCGAGUGCGGUGUCCAGCGCACAACCGUAAAUUUCGCUUGUUGGAUGGGUCAUAUACGUGGAAUCUGAAAAAUGAGCAUGAUUUGGAGAGCGAUGUGGACCCCAACAAAUGUCACAUGGACAAAGACAAUUUGAAAUUUUUCGACACCCGCUUCGUGUCCGACAAGGAGACCGGGAAGCGUACUCUGCAGAUUUCACUGGGACCGAUUCCGGCUACAGAUAAGGCUAGUUGUUGGGUAGCAGUAACCCCAAUUCAUUGAUACCUUUGUGAAAGUGUACCUGUGUAGUACAUCUUUGAGUCACUCACUGUGCAGGACAUGAAGUUCAAGUCUUAUUCACUCGUUGAUAACGAAGGACGAUAAAAUUUGGGAUAUUUUGAACCCCUAAUAAUAGCGUAAAGCGACUGCCCCUUCCCCGUGAAGAUGCGACUGCAGCCCCAGCAACACAGUCUCGUCCACUGGUAGCGCACCAGUCGGAAGCGCCUCUGCCGAAAGCGAAACCGAAAAAGAAGAGUGGGCUUUCGAGAUAUCAUAGCACGGGAUAAAGUAAUCUCAGUCGAUUAUAUGACUUAUGUGAGGGAAUAGUUUUGUUUCUUUUUUCCUCGAAAUUUACGAGCAUAUUUGUUCGUUGUUGCCUUGCGCAGGUCGUCUGCUGCCUUCUGCCUCUUACGAGUCAUAGUUGAAUACGAAAUCUGUCACUCUUUUUGGAAAAUGUAACUUGAGCACAAGCAAGGAACUAAAAAACUAUUUCCUGCUUUUGGAACCAAGCAAGCUUUUAUGAAUUGCCAACGAACUACAUGAGAAAAAGACCCAGUGAUGUUAAGUGCAGAAGAUUUUGCUGUACUGAGAAGUCUGAUUUCUUUCUUUUGACCUAUCCGUUCGCCUAAAGCGCACUCUAAAAAUACGCUCAAUCUGAUGUCGUCAGAGGCACACAUGAUACCAAACUACACGUCGAAUCUCGAACUCAUCCUCCAACUGUGUGUGUGUGUUUUGACCAGUAACCAAUGAUCUUGUGUGUGAUUUCGCUGGAAUGUGUGAUGCAAAUAGAACAACAGCAGGG